AUGAAUCACGCAUACCUCUCUGGGAAUCGCGCGCCCGUUACAAACGAGGUGCCGCUCACUCCUUGCAGAAUACUCCAAGGAACGAUCCCGCCGCAACUCUCCGGCGGCAUCUACGUGCGAAACGGCUCGAACCCUGCGCCAAACGUGAACACGGACAAUUUACGACCAUACCACAUGUUCGACGGAGACGGAAUGUUGGCCGGCGUCUACUUCGAUUUCGAGCGCGGGCCGCUAUUCACUUCCCGUUGGCUACAGACGGACGUUCUGGCCGCGGCCAAGCGGUUCAGUCUAUCGCGCGCAACCUUCCCUAGCAUCACGUCUUUGAUUGACGCUCGGGCGCCACAACUGCUUGUUCUUCUCGAGUACCUUCGCUGCAUAUUGGUAGUUGCGCUCAGUUGGAUACUGGCGCUAUGGAACAAGGCAGGAGGUGGCAUCGCACGCAUCAGCGUCGCAAACACAGCGAUCAUCUGGUGGGAUAGACGCGCCCUCGCUACCUGUGAGAGUGGACCGCCAAUGCGGGUUGGUUUGCCGCAGCUUGACACGCGAGGCUGGUGGCUGCUCGGCGGCGCACUACCGCGAGUGUCGAUGUUGCAGAGUAUAUUCAAGCUCAAGGCCUUUUUUCAGGAAUGGAUGACGGCACAUCCCCAUGUCGACCCAGAGACGAACGAGUUCGUUGCAUUUCACGCUUCAUUCUUCGCUCCCUACCUCUAUUACACCGUGUUACAACCCUCCAAUUCCUCCUCAAGGUCUCAACUUGUCCGCAAGCCAGUACCUGGUCUCAGGGCUCCGCGCAUGAUGCACGACUUUGGCGUUACGCCAACACACACCCUGUUCUUGGACUUCCCACUCUCGCUCGAUAUUCUACCAUCUAUCAAGCGCCAGUCCAUCUCUCCAUCAUUGACAUAUGACCCAACCAUACCGAGUCGUAUCGGCGUGCUUCCGCGAUACGCACCCGAAGAGGUUGUUUGGUUUGAAUUGGAUCGUCCAGGUGGAUGCGUCUUCCAUACCACCAACGCGUGGGAUGCGCCUGAGCAACGGGCGGUUGAGAUGCUUGUGAGCAGGAUGGGUGGGCCUGCCCUUGUAUACGCCGCAGGUGCCUUGCCGGUGCCGACGCAUGCAGGCACAGACGAAUGCCUUCUUUACUACUAUCGCCUCCCCCUCCAUGAUACGCUUGCCGCACAACGCCACCCUCGGCCGAGCCACGCCUUCCCGCUGCUUUCGCUACCCUUUGAGUUCAGCGCAAUACACCCUGCACGCUCUAUGCACUCCCAACGAUGGGUAUGGGGGUGCUCCUUCUUCGACCAUCCGGUGCCAGGGCCGUGGGAUCCGUAUACCUCAACAUCGCAUCACGGCCCGGAGACGGCCCGGCUCCCGCCAGCGGAGCUGACAGGUUACUCAGACGUGCUUUCCUCGGGCUUCAAAGUUGACACGCUGCUCAAGAUCGACACCUCACGAUUGAUAACGCAAGGUCUCGAGCGCGGCGAGGGGGAACACGCGGUACCUGUUGACAACCGAAGCGCGCAAGAGCUAUGGGAUGCACAAGAGGCGGGCGAUGACACAAGUGUGCGUAUGCUGCGUCUCCCGGAGGGAUGCUUUGCGCAGGAAGUUACGUUUGUUCCACGACACGAGGUUCUCCCAGAAGAACUCCAAGACGAGGAGGAUGAUGGUUGGUUGCUGACGUAUGUAUUCGACGAGCGCCAGCUGAAUGAGGCUGAGAAAGGCGGGAGUUGUGGUCUUGAGAGUGCCAUCAGCGAACUGUGGAUCAUAGACGCACGUACUAUGGACAUCGGCACAGUAUGCCGUAUUGCACUCCCGCAACGAGUACCUUACGGGUUACACGGGGAGUGGUUCAGUGCGGGCAGAAUAGCCGCUCAAGAGCCAUAG